AUGCCGAUUGAUGCUGAAACAUGCUUCUCUAUGCUUAUUGGAUUUUUGGGCAUCAUUUCGAACAUUGGAAUUCUAAGUAUUACUAAACUUAUUGGACGAGUACCUAGACAAAAGAUCUCCUCCGGCGGCUACAGUACCGAUGAAACAGCCUCUGAAGUGCGCAAUAUCCGGGUUAGUUUGGAUAGACGUGGACCCUCCGAUAACAAAAUGCCCAACCUUUUUUCCAGUAGUCUUGAAGUAAAACAUCUCAGUCUCCUCAGUCCCUGCAGCAAAGCCUCCCUGCUGCGACUUUCAUCUCUCCUCUCCAUUAACAAGCUGGGUCCGGAUGAACAAGCCACAAAGGAUAGGAAAAUUAGUUCAGGUCAUCGGAUAUCCUCGCGGUGGAAAAGUCGGCGACACCAAAAAUACCUACAGGGCCUGAUCACUGUUGCAUUCUGCAAUGUAUUUCUUUCAGUCAUGCUUCUGUUGAAGGCUGCUGGCCUGUUCUGGAGUAGUAGUCAAGAGCCAGUGUUCCACGGACAGGAGGAUUACCCACCCUGGCAGCGGGCCUCCAUCUCCCUCGGCCUCAUGAUAGUUCUGGAUGUAUUCCAAGCCGCGGAGAUCGGGGCUAUCAUGUGGAUUGCUAUAAAUCGUGCCGGGGCUAUCCACAACACCUCACGUCGAAAUACCUCAAAAUAUGGCCCAGGCGUCCAGUCCUACUCUGACAGACGUCCCAGUUGCUGCCCUGUGCAGGGCCUCACAUGCUGUUCAGGACAACGCCGACCCGAUCGAAGCAGUCAGGUGAAUAUGAUUAUGAGCAACCGUCAUGACCACAGCCGGCAUGACGGCAACCUCAACUGUUGUCCGCUGACGCGGAAAGCCAGUCGAACCUUUAGUUGCAUGGUAUGCCUCCUGCCUGUUGGAAUUAUCAUACUGGCGACAGUGUUGAGCCUCACGAACUGGACUGCAAUUAUAGAGCCCGUUAACACCGUGCAAUGGUACUAUCCAAACACAUCAAUUUGGUCGCCAUUGGCAUACUACACCCCAAGUGUUAGCAUCGGGGUGGUCUUUGGACAUUUUCUACUCCCAGUGGCAUUUCUGGUGACAACCAACAUUCUCAUUUACAGAAAAGUGUCGCUUCGGCACAAGCGCUUCUGCUCCAGGCGAUCCAGUCACAAUGGCAAGACGAAUUGUCUGUGUGACGAUGAAGAGAGCUGCAGUGCUGUCCAAGACCCCAGUCCACAUCACUCACCCGACAUCAAACCGCUGUCUAUUCCUGCGCUCAUGGUAACAGGGAGUAGCCAGACGGACGUCCAUAGCGGAUCCCUGCAGAACCUGCAAACAUCGCCGUCUGUGCAGCCCCUCCGACCACACAGCUGCAGCCCAGCUCGCAAGUUUGCCAGUAUUGUGCCACCGGUCUUCCUCCAAACUUGCCCGCAGUUACAAACUGCUGCCUCCACUGUUGAU